AUGUCUGCUCCUGGAUCCCCAAAAAGAAUAGCCAAAAAACAGUCUCUUAGUAUUUUGUCCGGCUCUACCUUGAACCAAAUAAACAAUCAGCACACUGAUUUCUCAAAACCUGUCAAAGAAAGGAUAAUAAGCGAGUCAACUGGUUUGAUUAAAUUUUCAUUGAAGACAACACCAACAGAUGAAACGGCAAACAAAGCCAAUGGGCUAGUAAAGACAAGAGGACCAACCGCGUUUGGCAAACCCCCAAUAAUGGAAGAUAAUACAAGCUCCGUUGAUACACUUGUUGAAAAAGAAAAUAACCCUGAGCCAACUUUUACUAAAAUACCUAUCUACAUUCCUAUCAAUAAAGAUGAGAUAGGCAAGAAAGACGAUGAGAGUCAGCUACUGUUCAAAUUAGCUUCACAGCAAAGAAAGGUGUUAGAUCUUUCGGAACAGCUGAAGCAGGCAAAAGAAAAUUUAGCGCAGCUUGAACAGCAAUAUAAGGGUUCAGUUAUGGGGGACAUGAACUCAAAAAAACCCAAAGUUGCAAAGCCUGAGCAAACUGAUGUGUUGUCGUCGAAAAUGAUUUCAUCCCCUACAAAGGUAGCUUCGUCAUUGAGGAAGUCUGCAUCUAUCAUUAAUAUUAAUCCACCAAAAAUUAAUGCCCAAGAGCAAAUCUUCAAAACACAAAAGCAAGUAGCAGAAACCUUCACGCAGCUGACAACGAACAUUUCAAGCAACAGCUUCCUACUCAAAAGUAGAUCUUUUUUUGAAACAAACCUAAACAAGAAUAUUCAAAUGGGUAGUGAAUUGUUCAACUCUAUUUUUGAGAAAGAUGUGAAACCAGAAGCAGACUCAGACACUGAAGUUUCUGUAGAUGAAGAUACCCAUCGUUUUGAUUACAGUCUCGAUUUUGACUUGGACCGUCUGAAUAAGCUGAAUUUCGAUAGCAAAAUAAAAGGUACGAUUCUCGAAGAUCUAGAGGAGGUUGAAAGCGCUGAGAGGGGAGCUGACGAUGCCAGUGACCACCAAGUAUCAAGAACAUUAUCCGCUGUUAGUAGCAAUACAGAAGAGGACUAUGGGGGGGCUGUAACUAAUAUGUAA